CUCACAAUGGCCCGCACCAAGCAAACCGCCCGCAAGUCGACCGGUGGCAAGGCCCCUCGCAAGCAGCUCGCCGCCAAGGCUGCCCGCAAGUCGGCCCCGGCCGCCGGUGGUGUCAAGAAGCCUCACCGCUACCGCCCGGGAACGGUCGCCCUUCGCGAGAUUCGUCGCUACCAGAAGUCGACCGAGCUCCUGAUCCGCAAGCUCCCCUUCCAGCGCCUCGUUCGCGAGAUUGCCCAGGACUUCAAGACGGACCUGCGCUUCCAGUCGUCGGCCGUCAUGGCGCUCCAGGAGGCUGCCGAGGCCUACCUCGUCUCGCUCUUCGAGGACACCAACCUCGCCGCCAUCCACGCCAAGCGUGUCACGAUCCAGCCCAAGGACAUCCAGCUCGCUCGUCGUCUUCGUGGCGAGAGGCAGUAAGCGCCGUCUCGACCUCGGUCGUCGUCGUCGUCGUCACCUCGUCCUCUCUCUCCCUCUUCGUCUUUCGCCUGUUGUUCUACAGUACUUCAGCAGCAGUCUAUCCCCCCUUACCCUUUGCCCUUGUCGCUGCAACUCGAUGCGCGCUUUUCAU